GCUGCUGAUCCCGGCCGUGCGACUUCCUUGUCUUUCUCUUGUGCGGCUGCAGAGCUCUGCGGCAACGAGACGGCAGCGACUCCACGGAUCACCUGAGAUCAGGAGACUCAGCACAGCGACAUCACCAUGGAAGCAGUUCUCCACUUCCUGUUCUCGCCCCUGUCCACGCCGGCCCUGGUGGCCGUGUUCGCCGCAGGGGCGACCGCCCUGCUCUGGCUCAACACCCGGCCCAAACCGCUCCACCCUCCCGUCGACCUCGACCAACAAUCCGUAGGAAUCAGGGACGGAGCCAGGAAGAGCGCCCUGCUGCAAGACGACCAGCUGGUGUCCUGCUACUACGAGGACGCAAUGACGUUGUACGAGGUUUUCCAGCGCGGGUUCCACGCGUCAGGCAAUGGUCCAUGCUUGGGCUACAGGAAGCCGGGGAAACCGUACCACUGGCUGAAAUACAAACAGGUGUUGGAUCGAGCUGAGCACCUGGGGUCUGGGCUCCUGCAUCGAGGUCUGACUCCUUCUCCAGACCAAUUUGUUGGCAUCUUCGCCCAAAACCGGCCUGAGUGGAUCAUCUCGGAGCUGGCCUGCUACACCUACUCCAUGGUGGCGGUUCCUCUCUACGACACCCUGGGGCCUGAGGCUUUGGUCUUCAUAAUCAACCGAGCGGACAUCUGUACGGUGCUCUGCGACAAACCGGACAAGGCGGAGGUACUUCUGGGGAACUGUGAGAAGGGGCUCACCCCGGUGCUCAAAACCAUCGUCCUCAUGGACCCCUUCGGCGAGGAGCUCGUCGAGCGAGGCCGAAGGAGUGGCGUGGACCUGCUGUCCAUGAAGGAGCUGGAGGUGCUGGGGAAAGAACAUUUAAAGAAACCGGUUCCUCCGAGGCCUGAAGAUCUCAGCAUUGUUUGUUUCACCAGUGGAACCACAGGUGAUCCCAAGGGAGCCAUGCUCACCCACGAGAACAUCAUCUCAGACGCCGCUGCCGUAGUCAGAUGUUUCGAGAACGCCUUCAUCCCAGUUCCUCAAGACGUUUCCAUCUCUUUCCUCCCGCUUGCUCAUAUGUUUGAGAGAAUUGUUCAGACAGUGUUAUACAGUGCAGGGGCCAAGGUGGGCUUCUUCCAGGGAGACAUCAAACUGCUGCCUGAUGAUAUGAAAACUCUGCAGCCAACCGUGUUCCCAGCGGUGCCUCGCUUGCUGAACCGUGUGUACGACAAGGUCCAGAGUGGAGCCCAGACACCCUUUAAGAAGUGGCUGCUGAACUUUGCCAUCCAGAAGAAACUGUCUGAGGUCAAGCGAGGGGUCAUCAGGAAAGACAGCGUCUGGGACAAGCUCAUCUUCCACAAAUUACAGGCCUCGCUGGGAGGCCGUGUCCGGGUGAUGGUGACUGGGGCUGCUCCCAUCUCCCCCACCGUCCUCAACUUCCUCCGGGCCAGUCUGGGCUGUCAGAUUUUCGAGGCCUACGGCCAGACGGAGUGCACUGCCAGCUGCACCUUCUCCCUGCCAGGCGACUCGUCGGCAGGACAUGUGGGACCUCCCAUCCCCUGCAACUUUGUGAAACUGGUGGAUGUGGAAGAAAUGAAUUACUUUUCUUCCAACGGGGAGGGAGAGGUUUGCAUUAAAGGCAGAAACGUGUUCAAGGGCUACCUGAAGGAUCCGGAGAGGACGGCCGAGGCGCUGGACAAGGAUGGCUGGCUUCACACGGGGGACAUUGGGAAGUGGCUGCCGAACGGAGUGCUGAAGAUCAUCGACAGGAAGAAGAACAUCUUCAAGUUGGCCCAAGGGGAAUACAUAGCGCCCGAGAAGAUCGAGAACAUGUACUUGAGGAGCGGCCCUGUAGCACAGGUGUUUGUACACGGGGACAGUUUACAGUCCAGCCUGGUGGGCAUUGUGGUUCCCGAUCCAGAAGUCCUGCCAGACUUCGCUGCCAAGCUGGGAGUUAAAGGCUCCUUCGAGGAACUCUGCCGGAACCAGCAAGUGAAGAAAGCAAUCCUGUCGGAUAUGGCGAAGCUGGGCAGGGAAGCAGGACUCAAGUCUUUCGAACAGGUCAAAGACCUGUACCUCCACCCGGAACAGUUCACCAUCGAGAACGGACUGCUGACACCAACGCUGAAGGCCAAACGGGCGGAACUCACCAAGUUCUUCAAAAGCCACAUCGAGAGCCUCUACGCCAACAUCCAGUGAGGCAAGGCUCCCUGGGCGAGGACCUCUGACCUUUCCACCCGCACGGGGCCAGAACAGUGAACCUGAGCAGUGCCGAGUCCCUGCGAGAUGGUUAAAGUACCUCACAGAUUUUGGCUCGUGUGUCAACUGUCAGUGGAUGAUCUCUAGCGCCGCCCAGAGGUCUGCGAACCAUUUUAGAGGGCGACGUGAUAUAGAAAUACCUGUAAAUACCAUAGGACGGAAUUUAUAAAGACGCUGGAAAGACGUGCC